GCCUGGGCUCUGCGGACUGUGGGUGGGGGACUCCUGUCUGUGGCUCUGAGGCCAGGCACAGCGACCCACUCUGGCGGGAGCUGGGGCAGAGAAAGGGGGCUCCUUGAACCCAGGCCAGGAGCUGAAGUCGGGUAGCUGACCGGGAAAACCCGAAGAGUCUCCUAAGGGGAUGUGUAUAGGGCGCUGUGUGUGACAUUCAGGGUGUGACUGUGCCUCGGUGGGCGCGAGCCCGUGCCUGUGAGGCUGUGCGACUGUCUCCCCAACCGCCCGCCGCUGGGCUUGGGUCCCUGUGCCCAGGUCCGGCUGUGCGUGGUCGUGACACCGUGCGCCUGUUCCUGAGUCCCGCGGACGCGGACCUGGUGGUCCCCGGGGAGGGGAGCUGGUUGGCACCCCGGAGCUGGGCCUCCCCAGCGCUAUCGCUCAGCCCGGCGGGCGCUCCUCGGAGACCCCGGCGGCCGUCGGCCGGCUGCGACCUCGGCCCUACUGGGUCCGGUGCGGGGGCAGGGAGCUCGGUCCCCCUCCCUCUCCCGGGCUCCGGGCUCGGCAGCCCUGCGCGGGGGCGGGGGCGGGGGCGGAGCGCGCGGGCGGGAUCCCCCCGCCUCCCCUUCCUGGUCCCCGGGAAAUCCAGCCUCCGUGGCUUGGCCGCCUCCCGCUCCCGCGCCCGCAGCCGCUCGGCGCUCGCUCGGGGCUCCGCAGCCGGCGCGGCCCCUCCGCUGGGGGCUCCGCAGUGCCGGGCCCCGUCCCUGGCCGCCCGCCCGCCGCCGCAGCGCCCCCGGCCCGGGCCGCCGGCACCAUGUAACCCGGCCGGAGCCCGAGCCGGGCCAGGUGCUGGUGAUCCUGAGGCCUUCUGAAGUUAGGAUUUUGUCUGGGGAUCCUGACACUGAGGAUGGGAAGCCCCGGAUGGAGGUUUCUGGGGCCUGGCCCCCAGCACUAUGAAGAGCCCUUGCUGAGGCCAUGAGGGGUUACCAUGGCGACCGCGGUAGCCAUCCCCGCCCAGCCCGCUUUGCCGACCAGCAGCAUAUGGACGUGGGCCCAGCUGCCAGGGCCCCGUACCUGCUGGGCUCCGGGGAGGCCUUCUCCACUGAGCCCCGCUUCUGUGCCCCGAGAGCUGGCCUGGGACACCUUUCUCCGGAAGGGCCCCUGAGCCUGAGUGAGGGGCCAUCAGUAGGCCCCGAGGGAGGGCCUGGGGGGGCCGGGGUUGGGGGGGGUAGCAGCACCUUCCCCAGGAUGUACCCUGGCCAGGGCCCCUUCGACACCUGUGAAGACUGUGUGGGCCACCCUCAGGGCAAGGGUGCCCCCCGCCUGCCUUCUACACUCCUGGACCAGUUUGAAAAGCAGUUGCCAGUUCAACAAGAUGGCUUCCACACGCUCCCAUACCAGCGAGGUCCGGCAGGGGCCGGGCCUGGGCCAGGGCCAGCAUCCGGCAGUGCCCCGGAGGCCCGCAGCGAGAGCCCCAGCCGCAUACGGCACCUGGUUCACUCUGUGCAGAAGCUCUUUGCCAAGUCCCACUCUUUGGAAGCCCCAGGGAAGCGGGACUAUAACGGGCCCAAGGCUGAGGGAAGAGGUGGCUCUGGAGGAGACAGCUACCCUGGCCUGGGCUCUGGAGGCCCCCACACCUCCCACCACCACCAUCACCACCACCACCACCACCACCACCAGUCCAGGCAUGGCAAGAGGAGCAAGAGCAAGGACCGCAAGGGGGAUGGGCGGCACCAGUCCAAGUCUGCUGGCUGGUGGAGCUCCGAUGACAACUUGGACAGCGAUAGUGGCUUCCUGGCGGGUGGGCGGCCCCCUGGGGAGCCUGGUGGUCCCUUCUGCCUGGAGGCUCCAGACGGGUCCUACCGGGACUUGAGCUUCAAGGGGCGCUCAGGCGGGUCGGAAGGCCGCUGUCUUGCCUGCACUGGCAUGUCCAUGUCACUGGAUGGACAAUCGGUCAAGCGAAGUGCCUGGCAUACCAUGAUGGUCAACCAGGGCCGGGAUGGAUACCCAGGGGCCGGGCCAGGCAAGGGGCUCCUGGGUCCGGAGGCCAAGGCCAAAGCCAGGACUUAUCAUUAUCUGCAGGUGCCGCAAGAUGACUGGGGGGGUUACCCCACUGGGGGCAAGGACGGGGAGAUCCCCUGCCGCAGGAUGAGGAGCGGCAGCUACAUCAAGGCCAUGGGGGAUGAGGAGAGCGGAGACUCGGAUGGCAGCCCCAAGACGUCUCCCAAAGCAAUGGCCCGGCGCUUCACCGCCCGCCGCUCCUCCAGCGUGGACCAGGCCCGGAUCAACUGCUGUGUCCCACCCCGGAUCCAUCCCCGGAGCUCCAUCCCUGGCUACAGCCGUUCCCUCACCACCGGACAGCUCAGCGACGAGCUGAACCAGCAGCUGGAGGCCGUGUGCGGGUCCGUGUUCGGGGAGCUGGAGUCCCAGGCGGUGGAUGCCCUGGACCUGCCCGGCUGUUUCCGCAUGCGGAGCCACAGCUACCUCCGGGCCAUCCAGGCCGGCUGCUCUCAAGACGACGACUGCCUGCCCCUCCUUGCUGCCCCUGCCUCUGUCUCAGGGAGGCCCGGCUCCUCCUUCAACUUCAGAAAGGCCCCGUCCCCCAUCCCGCCGGGGAGCCAGGCCCCGCCCCGCAUCUCCAUCACCGCCCAGAGCAGCACCGACUCCGCCCACGAGAGCUUCACGGCGGCCGAGGGCCCCGCCCGGCGCUGCAGCUCCGCGGACGGGCUGGACGGCCCGGCCAUGGGCGCGCGCACCCUGGAGUUGGCGCCGGUGCCACCCCGGGCCAGCCCCAAGCCCCCUACACUCAUCAUCAAGACCAUUCCCGGCAGGGAGGAGCUGCGGAGCCUGGCGCGGCAGCGGAAGUGGCGGCCGUCCAUAGGGGUGCAGGUGGAGACGAUCUCAGACUCAGACACUGAGAACAGGAGUCGAAGGGAGUUCCACUCCAUCGGAGUCCAGGUGGAAGAGGACAAGAGGCGGGCAAGGUUCAAGCGCUCCAACAGUGUGACCGCAGGUGUGCAGGCGGACCUGGAGCUGGAGGGCCUGGCCGGCCUGGCCACAGUGGCCACAGAAGACAAGGCCCUGCAGUUUGGACGCUCCUUCCAGAGGCACGCUUCUGAGCCCCAGCCCGGGCCCCGGGCCCCCACCUACUCAGUCUUCCGCACGGUCCACACGCAGGGCCAGUGGGCCUACCGCGAGGGCUACCCACUGCCGUAUGAGCCGCCGGCCACUGAUGGGUCGCCAGGCCCUGCCCCUGCCCCCACCCCCGGCCCUGGGUCCAGCCGCCGUGACUCCUGGAUGGAGCGCGGCUCACGUAGCCUCCCCGACUCAGGCCGCACGUCCCCUUGCCCGCGGGACGGCGAGUGGUUCAUCAAGAUGCUGAGGGCGGAGGUGGAGAAGCUGGAGCACUGGUGCCAGCAGAUGGAGCGGGAGGCGGAGGACUAUGAGCUGCCCGAGGAGAUCCUGGAGAAGAUCCGCAGUGCCGUGGGCAGCACACAGCUUCUCCUGUCCCAGAAGGUUCAGCAGUUCUUCCGGCUGUGUCAGCAAAGCAUGGACCCCACUGCGUUCCCCGUGCCCACCUUCCAGGACCUGGCGGGUUUUUGGGACCUCCUGCAGCUCUCUAUAGAGGAUGUGACCCUCAAGUUCCUGGAGCUACAGCAACUCAAGGCCAACAGCUGGAAACUCCUGGAGCCCAAGGAGGAGAAGAAGGUCCCUCCGCCGAUACCAAAGAAGCCCUCGCGGGGCCGGGGCGUGCCGGUGAAGGAGCGCUCCCUGGACUCGGUGGACCGGCAGCGGCAGGAAGCGCGCAAGCGGCUCCUGGCGGCCAAGCGCGCCGCCUCCUUCCGCCACAGCUCGGCCACCGAGAGUGCGGACAGCAUCGAGAUCUACAUCCCCGAGGCCCAGACCAGGCUGUGACCGGCCCGGCCCGCCCGGCCCGGGCCCGGGCCCGCGGUUUUCUACCCGUACUGUACACCCAGCGUCGAGGUCACUGUGAACGCGGGCCGCCCCGUGCGCCCGCCCCGCCGGCACCGCACGCCCCGGCUCCUCCUGCCCGUCACACUCUCGUGGGUUUUUUACCUUCCUGACCCCACGCGAAGGCGCCCGGGCUGGGCUGGGGGCCGUGCCUCUCCGCCCUGCGCCCCCACCUGGACCCCCUUCUCUCCUGGUCCGACGCUUCGUCCCCACCUCCUCCCCACGGGCACCAUCUCUGCCAUUCCCCCUUCCCCCACGGGCCAGGCCGGGCCGGGUCCCCCAUCUGGGCUCUGCGUCCCCUCUCCCCACCCCGCGGGGCUGGGCUUCGUGGGGAUCAAGCUUCGUGGCUUUUUAUGAAGAAUCCCGAACCCCACCUAGGAGCCUGCCCCACUCUCCCAGGGGCUCACCCUCAGCCCUCAGCCCAUCGGGCCCAGGGACCACAGUGGCUGGACCAACCCAGGACCAGGGCGCCUGGGCCUCUCCCCUUUCCCAGCUGCUGGGGAGGGGAGAUGGGGCUUCCCCUCACCACACCUGUGGCUGUUCCCACAUCCCCUUGAGUAUCCCAGGAAAAAUAAAACGGCAGAACUGCACUCGAGCCGGCUGCUCUCUCCAGAAGGAGCCACCUCUGCCCCGUGUGUGGAA